UUCCAUCCCUAUAUCUUUUCAGACUUUGAAUCUUGUGCUUUCCCUCGCCUCUCUGCCAUCAUAAUCUCUGCAACACCAACUGUUCGUUAAAAUGCGCCAGAGAAACUCUACUGAGAACAGAGCGAAACCCGUUGUCGCAAUUCGCAGAUCUCCACGAUUUCUGAAGCCAAAUCAACCCGACUCAGAAUACCUGCAGACUCCGAAUCAUGUUCCAAACAAGAAACGGGUCCCUCUCUCGGAUCUCACACCUCUUAGCUCAAUUCCAAGCGGGAAUUCUUUAAAAAGAGGCCAACUUUCAGAUAAGGCAAAAGAAUCCAAUGUCCGGUGUAGAAGUUCCACGAAUGUGUGUAACGAGCCCAGAAAAUUGACAAGAUUGAAUGGUGGAGUUGACAACUCUCGUGUUGUUCGACGGUCUCCUAGGUUUUCUCAGAAUGGCAAUGUUAAUAGGAUUGUUUCUGAUGAAUCUAAGCUGGAGCGCUCAUCUAAGGUGAGUAAGAUAGGUAAGCCAGUCUGCAUGAAUGCAAAAUCUGAGACAGAAAAGCGGGUGACCAGGAGUUCUUUAAGGAGGUGUAACAAUGGAGGUGUGAGGGGCAAUGGAAAGGGUUGUGAUGGAGUCACUUUGAAAUGCAUUUCUGAUAACGGAAAAGCUAAAGGGGAUGUUAAUUUGUCUGAGCAAUGCAUGUAUAAAAUUGAAAAGAGGGUUACAAGAAGUGCCACUCGAGGAAUUAAAGAUGAACACCGUGCAAGAACUGGUAACGCCGAGGGUAAUGAGUCCAUCCAGAAUAUUCCCUUUGGUUGUUUGUACAAAAAGGUCCUUUCAGUUGAUGGAGAAGAUAAACAUGGUGCAAACUUACCUAGAGAGCCUAUUAGUGAAAAUGCAACUACUAAUGUUCUGUCCACAGAUUUAAUAGGAGGGGAAGGUCAGAGUGUUGGCUUUGAAGCUGAAAAAAAGCAGGUUCCUGCAAAAAGGAAGAAAAUCCAAGUUGAAGAAGAGCAUAGGAUGUUUCAGGGAUGGACAGCAGAGCAAGAACUAGCGCUGGAAAGAGCUUAUUUUGCAGCAAAGCCGACACCCCAUUUCUGGAAGAAAGUUGCCAAAAUGGUUCCUGGAAAAUCUGCCCAGGAAUGUUUUGACAAAAUCCAUUCUGAGCUUUUGACCCCAGCGCAACAACAACCACGAUCCAGGACAAAAGGAGUGAAUGCCUCCCUGUCACUCUCAGCAAGUAAAUUGCUAAAUGCUUCAGAAUCUGACACGAAGAAGUUGAGAUACAGCAAGCAGAAGAGUCGUGUUACACGUAGAACUGUCCGACAGCUACUACAUAAACAGUAUGCUGCAGACCAACAUUAUGAAGCAGAUCUUUUCAAUGUUUUGGAGUCAACAUUGGAUCCAUCCACUCAAUGUGUUUCCACCCCUGAAUUGAAUAGAGAAGGACUAGGAUUGGACAAAAGGUGCCAGGAAAUUUCUUCAUCAGCCCACGGAAAGCUUCUUUCGUUAUCGAAUGACUCACGUGGAUCUACUGUUAUUAGUCCCGCUGUUCUAAAGAAGAUUAAAAACAAAGCCUUGCAUGAGAAAUAUAUUGAUCAACUACAUUUGAGGGAAGCCAGGAGAAAGGCAAUGUCACUAAGGGGAAAAAAAUGCACGCAGGACAAAAGUGGUGGCAAUAAAGAAGAUAACCUUCAGAAGAGCAAGAUAGUAAAAGACGCAAAGAAUGCAUUGGUUUUUUGUGCAAGAGAUGCCAUCAAGCAUUUUCACCAUCUACAGAGCAGGGAGGCAAACAAAUUUGACGAUAGUGUUCGCGAUUUUGUAGAUAGUUCUGAAGAUGAAUUUGAAGAUCAAAGUUGAGAAUUCUCAUUAUCCUUCUUGAUUGCAUGGAAAUGUGUCAAAUUUCUCCUUUGUCUUAUAGGAUAAAGCUGUUUGCUUAGGAGUACAUGUCACAAACUUGAUGACUAUUAUUAUUUCCAAUUUUCUUGGACAAUUGGAAUUGACCCAUUUACUGAUUUCUCAUCAAAGAUCUGCGUGGUCUAUAUCUGCUUUAUGACCCAUACAAAUGUAUAU